UUUUAAGUGAACAAAUCUUAAGAUUAACUUUCAUUGUAAAGAAACCCGAUAAAAAUGUUGCCUACCAACAAAACUACCAAAUGCAGUUGAAGUUACCGAUUUUGGUGCAAUCGGACCAAAACGGCAACGCUAUUGCAGAGUGGACGCUGAAAGCCAAGCCGAGCGCAAAACUGACGAAUGCGAGAAAUAAGCAGCGAGAAAGUGGAAGCUGGCCGAAGCUGAACGUAAAUGCAAGAAACCAGUACUGAAGUGUUUUUCAGCGCUGACUCGCAUUGAAAUUGCGCGUGUUAUUCAGUUGAUUUUAAUGCAAUUCGUGACUAUAUGUGAUUUUAAGCACAAAUAUGGAUAUUAACUUAUUGAUAAGUGAAGUUUUUGCUCGCCCUGCUCUAUGGGAUCGAAAAAAUAAAAAUUAUCACAAUAGACAACUGGUUGAACAUCUAUGGAAAUCCGUUGCAAGAGAAAUGAAUUUAAAGAAGGAAGAGGUAAAGAAAAAAUGGAAGUAUAUUCGCGAUCAAUUUCGAGCUGAAUUACGUAAAAUAUCUGUUCCGAUAUCUGCAGAUAGUGCUAAUAUGGAAUCAGAGUUUAAUUCGAAGUGGCCUUACUUUAAACAGCUAUUAUUUUUAAAAGACCAAAUAAAGAAAAUAAGUACUAUACCGGAUGAAAGUGGUAACGAAGAUCCACUCGAAGUAAAUGAUGAUAUAAGUAGUUGGAAUAUAUCUCAAGUCGAAGACACGGACGAUAGCUGCGAUAAAUUUGAACUCAAUAUUCCGCCUCCAACGAAAAAGAAAUAUUUAAGUCAGACAAAGAAUACUUCGCACCUAUUGGAAAUUGAAAAACGUAAAUUACGCUUACUUGAACAGAAACACUCAGAAAACAAAUACCGAGAUGAAGAUCAGGCCUUUUUUGAAUCUCUUCUGCCGCAUAUUCGUAAAUUGGAACCCGAAGCUAAAUUGUUAUGUCGAAUGGAUAUUCAGAACAUUGUAUAUAAUCAUGUAUACCAAAAAAGUAAAAAACAACCAAUAGGUGGCACAUACACCCAAACGCCAGUUUCUAAUGAUAAUUUACAAUAAGCAGUUGUAACUUCAUCCAUCAGCAAUUCUUCAGGCCCUAAUGUGUUUACUUUGGAUUUGACGUCGACUCAACAGUUGCAGACAAACUCUAUUACUUCAAAUGAAUAUGUUAACAUAUAAUAUGUCUAUUUCAACAUCUCUUAAUUGUCAGUAAAUCUUUUGCGUUAGAGUCUAAGUGCCUGUACAAUGUGAAGUAAAGUAAUAAGUUUAAUAAAAUUUAAAUAUCUCACUUUAUAGUUA